UCACCGGCUGACUUAGCGAACCGAUUACAUUACAUUACCUUAUUCUUCAAUCUUCCAUCUCUCUUUUUCUGAGAUGUGGUUUUUAAAGCUGCAAAUGACGCUCUCUCCACUCUUGCUUCAUCUUUUUUCUGUCUCCACUUGUUUGGCCAUAACCCAUUUCGCCGAUUUCUCAAGCGCCCAUUAGUUUUUUUUUUUUCUCUCUUUUCUUUUGUUGGGUUUGAUUGCGCUUUCGAUUUGAUUGAGGAGUUGAAUUGGUUUAGACGCCGACAAAAUUCUGGGUUCUUUUCUUUUUUUUUUUCAUCUGCGGUUGAUUAACCCCUUUUCGAUUCGAAUUUUUCCCUUGAGUUUGUUGGAUCUGAUUCGGUGUCUGAAUUGCUGGAUUUGAUUGAAUCGGGCAGUUUCAAUCGCUGUUUGAUUGGAAUUUGAUUUGAAAUGGUCUAUUUCCCAUACUCAAUCUCGGUCUGCAAGUCCGUUGACCAACCAACCGUCAUGGCGAGUUCAGUGAAUUCAGCCGAUCCGAGUUUCAAAUCCAGGAACAGGAAGAUCACUAGCUCAUCGACUUGUUCGAAAUUCCCUGUUUGUCAUCGCUCUCGAUCGGCCGUUAUCGAUAUUGUAAUUCUGAUCGCUGUGGUUGGUGCUUUUGGGUUUCUGUUAUUCCCCUAUUUGAGGCUCGUUAUCGUUGAAUUCCUGGAGAUUUUUGGCGCGAUUUUGUAUUUGAUGGGAGAGGAAGUCUCUCGUGCGCCUUGGAUAUAUGGAUCCAUUGGACUCAGCGUUCUCUGUGCUUCAUUAGCUGCCUGGGUCGUUCUAAUAUGUACGAGCAGGAAAUGUGGAAAUCCCAAUUGCAAGGGGCUCCGGAAGGCUGCUGAAUUCGAUAUCCAAUUGGAGACAGAGGAGUGUGUGAAGAACUCAACUCCAUUGGUUAAAAAUGGAGUGAAGAAGGGGCUUUUUGAAUUGCCCCGUGAUCAUCAUCGCGAAUUAGAAGCUGAACUGAAGAAGAUGGCACCUCCUAAUGGAAGAGCAGUACUAAUAUUUCGAGCAAGAUGUGGCUGUUCUGUUGGUAGGUUGGAAGUUCCUGGGCCUAGGAAGCAGCUGAGGAAGAUCAAGAAAUAAUAGCAUUAAUAAUAUUUUUCAAAGCAUAUAGAUAGGAUAAUCAUUACAGGAUUACUCAGUAUGAAGAGAAGAAUUUUCUUACUCUUGUGGAAAAUUUGAUGUCUUUAAAUAAGCUCAUGGCAGACAGGUGUAAGGAACAUAUACAGUUUUUAAGUAGGGAAUAUACAAUCCUUGUUGCAUCAACUCGAUGUGCUCUCUUAGAUCUAUAUUUCUUACUAUGAUUAACUUCUUCCA